AUGGUGAGCAGCAAACUACGGGUCAGAGAAAACACGUACAGCAGGCGCGAUCCUUUUCACUAUCAUCUGGUGGCGAGCCAGUGUCAAGCAUCGCUUGAGCACCGGCGGGAUGGUUGGACAGCAGAAAGUCGGUGGCUUCAUUCACUUCAUCGCAAUUUGGCCGACGACGAGGUCCGGGGACAGGCGCUGCAGCAAGCCGCACGCGAUGCGAACUCCGCGCGUGAGCGUACAGAUUCCUGCAGGCAGGAAUAUUCAAAUCUCGUCUUGUCCGGUGGGCGCAGCGAGGCAAGGCAAACGUCUGUAUGGCGGAAGAUGACAGGCGCACGCACGAGAGGCUACCAUGUCGUUGAUGAUGAAGACUGGCGGAGCGCACUCGCCUUGUCGCAGAACAGGCCCCAGAAUCUCAUCAGUGUCUCGUCAAUGAGCCGCGGAAGAUGCGGUCCAAACAGCAUGCAUGAAUGCUGUCACUUGCCCGCCGUCGUCAUUGGGCAGAGCACUCUUGACAACGCAGAGCAUCACAUGGCGUGGUUGUUUCGCACGAAUCAGAGCUGCAGCGGUCUUGGAAGCUGCAUGUGGCCACUAGCCAUUAGCGGCAGUCACAGUUGUCAAAGAAUCCCGAAGCCAAUUGAGACGACUCGACAUCGAUUACACGGGGAGAACCGAUGGAAUGCUCUGUCGUGGGACCAUUUUGCCUCACUACUUGAGACGCACAAAGCUGCUGUUGCCUGUCGUACCCAGCUCAUGGGGUGUCGUUGGAUCUGGACCUGGGACCUGACGGAUUGGGCAUCACGUGUAGAUCUUCGUGCCCAGCUCUCAAACUUUUCUCAGCUUCAGAUUGUGCAGGUCUCAUCGUGGCCAUAUUCUGUGUUUGGGCCUCUUCCCCUUCAGCAUCAGCCCGUUCGUGGUCAGUGCCGAGAAAAGCGUCUGGCAUGCGAACAGCGCAUGAACUUUGAACAACCAGGCUGCAGGGACGAUUGCGAGUCAUGUCCAGGAUUAGCACACAACCCUCAACCCAUGAACCUAGAAAUGAAGCUCUGUGCUGGCAAAGGUGUCCAAUGCGAGGCGCGCGUUAUCGCAGAUCAGCUCAAUGUUCACCGACUGCACCAGUCCCGAUGGCCCAAUGCCAACGUGAAAGACACUAGCGUGCUGCGGAAGGCGAGUAUAUCUUGUGGUAUUUCUGGCAGUCGUCGAGUUGGCUUGGCAUGGAAUAACAUGCGGUUCCCCGGUGCGAGGAGAAGACGAAGCGAAUGGCGGCGGCGAUGUGACUAUAUAAGCUUUGCUCGUGGCAAGCAGUCUGACGUUACUCCGCGCAUCUUGUAUUUCACUGUGCUGACCAUCGAAGACGGUUCACACCUUGUUGGCUUGUCGAAUCGAGUCGUGGAGGGAGGUGGGUGCAAGAACUCGGCGGAUGAUACUUGGAAUAGUAUUCCAAGUGAGAAGAUCCAUGGCCAGAGGCAAGAGCGAGAGGACCCACCAGGUCAUAUCGCACUGAUCACAUCAAGACAUACGAACAGCAGAAAGACUCACGCUAACGCUACGAUACGAUACUGCUGCUUCCAUUCAUCCAUUCCGGUAGCUGACUGGCACAGCACCGACAUGAGACUGCGAUCUCCAUCAAGCUCUGGAUCUCGACCAGUUCUAUUCCUCCCAAAGCCGCCCAAUGCCUCCCAGAACGCCAUCCCAUAUGCAUAAUCAUAACAUCAUUAAAUCCACAUGACUGGCAGCAACCCUCACACAGCGAUCCCUUGCUGCUCAGCAGCAGCAUUCCCGCCUACAGCCUGCAAGUACUGCAAGAUAGAACAAUCAUUACAACUGAUCAGUUUCUGCAGAUCAUUGACCUGCUGCUGCAGCGCAUUCACAGCAUCAAUCGCACCAUUCCUCUCGGCCUCAAGUUCCUUAAUAUACGUCGCCGCAGUAGCAAUGAUCAUAGCUUUCGAAGGUAAUCUUGGCGGUAGAGCAGAGUCUUCGACGUCGGGAGAAAAUACGUAUGCGUUCUUAAGACUGGGGAGGGAGAGUCGGAGGGAUUCAAUUUGGGUGUUGAGGUUGUCUCGGUAGCGGCGUUCGAUGAUUGUAUGAGGGAUUCUGCGGUGUGGUCGGGUUGGUCUUUGCGGGUUGGUGGUUGUGGUUGAUGUGGGGACUGUGAUUGGGGGUUUAUCGUCUGCUGAGGCUUCUGAGUCGCUGCUUGUUGAAACUGCAACCGAGUUGGUGCCUGGUGUUCUUGGGAAGGUUAUGCUGGAGUCCGAAGGUGUUCGUGGGAGUGUUGGGCAGACAAUGUUGCCGGUCUUGCAUUCGUCCGGGAUGUUGCCGCUUAAGCAUUGGAGAGAUGGGAAGCAGUUGACUAUUUCCGUUGUUUUUGAGUCCAUGUUGUGGUCAAACGGUGAAUUUGUGAAUCGUUGAGCGAUGGUAUGAGUGAGAUGGAUCAAUGCUCUGGUUGACUGUCCGCUUGCACGAUUGAUCUGUUGAUUUGUGGUGUACGUAUGGUAUGAGCCAUCUACCUACAAGAGCGAAG